AUGGGUAGGCUUCUCCCACUCGACCCACGGCCAUCCAGAGCCAAUCCCGAGGCCCGCUCUACGCGCAAGGAGAUUGAAAAGUCCAGCACGGGCUUCAGCUGGGCGACGGCGGCGACCCUUGGCGUGAUCGCGGUCACGAUGCUCAUCAACGUCGAAAAGGGCGUCGAGAAGUGCGAGCAGCGACACCAGCGCAAGGGAGAUUGGGACAGGUGCAACGACUGCCGUGACAAGGGCGCUGGUGCUGUGGUUCGGAGCCGAGACCGAGGUCGGGACCGGGCUCGGGCUCGGGCCAGGACCGAGACGCCCACCAGGACCCGGGGUUCGAGCCCGAGACGUGAAAGGAGCUACAGUCGACGCCGGUCAAAGUCGGUCAUCUUUGAGGAAUCAUCCGAGUUUGGACCUAGGCAGAAGCUGCGCCGCGAGGGCCGCGAGGGUUCGCCUACCAGGGGCAGGGGAAGGAGCAGAAUCCAAGAUGGUGACAAGGACAAGAGCAGCCAGAGUCGGUCGUCUCGGCGAUCAGGAAGCUGA